UCAUGACCCCGACGAUGCGUCUACUCCCGUCGACGCUACUGCUGCUGGCACUGUCCUGCUCGCGGCCUUGCACCGCGAGCGGCGGCGACGGCGGACCCAACAGCCCGGUGUUCAACCUGGACAACACCGCGCUCGAGAAGAACCUGGCGGCGAUAUUCAUCAAGGUGGCGCACAACUCGGCGACGACGAAACGAAGCGUGCCCGCCUACGAUGCCCAGGUAUCGGCCAGCACCACGCUGUCGACGGUGCCCUCGUCGUUGACCACCACCACCACCACGAUGGCCACCAGCCCGUCGAUGCCCCCCGCUAGGUAUCCCGUUCCACGGGCCACCGUGUCGCCCGCCUUUCGCGAAUUGCCCUCCUACGCUCCCCCGUCCCGCGCCCUCUUCACGCCGCCGUUGCCGCCCGAGUAUCUUCAUCCGUUCGCGAACAAGCCGACCCUCAGGGGCACGAACUCCGACGCUCAUUCGGGCCUGAAGCGACCGGUGCCGCCACCUAGCGGCACGCCCGCCCACGAACGUAUACCCAUCAGGCCCCCGGACCUACAGGGACCCUCUCAGCUCCCGGAGAGACAUUCUCAUUCGAGGAACAAGCCGCUCAAUACGCCCAGCAAGGAACAGAACGCGGUGGAGUCCAGCGAGCUGGACAGGCGGAACAACACCAACGAGUUCGUGCCCACUUUGCACUACCCGAGCAUCUCGAGGAUACUGUCGGGCAGCAACGGGCGCAAACAGGACAUACCCGAGAUACUCUUGAAACCGCUGCCCACGAAAAUACCGCCGCAGAACGCGCCGGUGGCGCCCACCACCGAGAAGAUGACCACGCUCUCCACCACCACCGCGCGACCCUCCAGCCAGCUGGACUCCUCUAAAUCCGUCACCCAGCCGACGAUCUUCAAUCUGCCCAACACGAGGCGGCACGACGACGACGGCUACCACGGUCUGCGCAACGAGAACGGCUACAAGACCGAGAACAUCGAGAUCGUGGACACGGAGAGGCUGCCCUAUCCGCAGCCCCAGCCGCCGGCGCCGCCACCCAAGAAGAGGCCCAACGGGCCCGACGACGAUCGCGUCGUGCCGCAGGUCGACACGCACUCCCUCGAGUCCACCUGGCGGAUCGCCUGCUCCCUCCACGUCUACGUAGCCGCGAUCAUGUUCACGCUUAUGGCCCUAUACUCGAUCUACAAGAUCGUGCGUUUCAACGAGGCAACGAAUCUACUGACGCAGUCGUACUUCCUGGCGAUCCACCUGCUGCUCACCACCGUCUGUACCCUGAGGUGCUUUCACCUCUUCUACGAUGCUUAUAACCUAGGCCACUCGCUGCCGGAACCUCUGUCCCGGGUGCUGAUGUACCUGCCAGCCCCGUUGCUGUCCACAGCGUUCGCUACUUUGGUGCUGUACCUUGCACGGUGCUCGGAGGCGCCUGCUCUGAACAACAGGUUCCUCUCGCCAGCCACUUUGGUGAUGUCCUCGACGGUGCACGCGGUUCUCUGCGUCUCGUUGCACGUGUCCACACACGUGCUCGGCUACCAGGACGAGGCGAAGAUACUGCCGCUGAUCUGCCAGUGCAUCUACAUCAUCGUGUGCGUCACCCUGGGCCUGAGCUACAUGUACGUGUACCGAGUGGUGCGCUCGCAGAUCCACUUGGCCACCAACAAGGCGGCAGGCGCUAAUCACAUAGUGGGCGCGGAUCCUACCACGAUGGCGUUGAACACCGCCAUCACCACCAGCAUCGCCACGGCGUUGUUCUUCAUCCUGAUGGGAUUCGUCCAGCUGUACGGGAUCUUCGGUAACGUCCAGGAACGGCCACAGUCUUAUCCAUGGCUCUGGUGGGGCUGGCAGUUCUCUGUCAGGCUGCUGGAGCUUGCAGUAUGCGGUCUUCUCGCCUGGGUGGCCAGCCUGUCCCAGUACCCGUUACGGGAGAAGCAGAUGCAACAGCACCCGGUGCACUCCGGUUUCGCUCUGUUUCCCUGCGGUAGCUCGACCUCCACCGAGAAUAUGGACGACGUGCUUUACCCAGCUAUCUGCAGCACCAACCAGGCGAUUCAGAAUUACACGAUGAGAACGGGGAAACAGGUUUACGACGAUAGCUUCCCGCUGAACACGCUACCCGAGCAUUUGAACAUAUCAGGUACCUUCGAGAGACAUUCCAUUCGCAAGUCGGGCACCAUGGGCCAUUUCCCGCACGAAGGUCGCGGCUCGUUAAACCGGCACGGUAAUGGUAUACAAACUCUGAGGAACUCCGAAAGUCGGGGUCGACACACGCCGGUGCAGGGACUGCACGAGCAAACCCCGACCACAGGCUCGACGAUGCUGGUGGCGGAGGACGGUUUCGUCAGGUUCCGCAGCCUGGGCGCGGAGGACGACGAGCUGUCGGACACGCCUAGCGUGGUUGGCACCCAUGGCAGAGGCAGCUCGCUGGCCGGCAGCGUACGAUUCAACGCCAGACACCCGACCCUCCAGCACCAGCACCAGCAUCAACAUCAGCAUCCCCAUCAGCAUCCCCAUCCCCAUCAGCAUCAGCUUCAGCAUCAACACUCGCUUCAACAUCCACAUCCCAGUCAGCAUCAGGCUCACCAUCAGCUGUACAACAACACGUAAAGUCACGUUGUACGGCACCGCGUAUCAGACGAUAGAAAUUUGUUCCCUGUUGACUCGAUGCUCGUCACGAUCGUCAACGAAAUAAUAGGAUGUUCCAGGGCUGUCGCGACCACGGUCUAAAACUCGAAGAACUAAUUUUAUCUUAUGCUAAUGUAAGAUACGUCCUUGUGUAUAAAUACCUAAUUGCCAUUCGCAUUUUCCUGCUUCGCAAUCCGCGUCCGAGCCGACGAACCAUUAGCCCGUAAAUGGCAUCGAUAUUUAUUUGACGUUCUCGAUUAAGCGAAGAAUAAAGAAGUGGAAUACGAGUGGAAGAAAAAAGUAUACGGCGAACUCGCGUCAGAGUUCAUUCUACCUGUUACGGUGGGUAGUUCAGGGUAUCUACGAAUCUUGACCUUAUAUUAGGCACUUGGUACUUAUUAAGGUUCAUGUGAUUAACGAAACGUUGUAUCUCGCGAAGCCUAUAGGGACAGACGCUUUCUUUCGUUUUUCCUUUCCCUCGAGUAGCAAGAAAACUCGGCUGUGGAACGUAUCGGUACAACACGUGAUUUCGGUGAAUGGCACGGCGCGUACACUCGAUCAGCUCACUGUCAUCGUCAUCUCGGUACUUUCCCAAUCAGCUUCGCCAGCAUGGCGAACUUCAGAAUGAUUCAAUGACGCGUACUUUUUGUCACUCUCGUCGAGUUGUCCUAAAUACAAGACAAAAGAGAAACAGAAACAGAAACACUGUGCAAAUUGAAAGGUGCUCGCGGUGUAAUUAAUCACUUGUUCGACCGAUACACGCGUCUCCUUCCUCGCGAUUCCGCGCCCGUACGGCGACGCCACCGUUUCGCGAUGGACGCGAGGAAGUAUAUUUUGUAAUGAAUAAAAAAGAUGAAAAAAAAGUGGAAACUUAUUCACGUGGUCCAAAACACACACACACACACACACACACACGACAUACGCAACAC